CAUGACGCAUGCGUCUUUCAUGCGAGCUGCAAAUCAGAAUUAGUCCAACGGAAUCCCAGAAAGUGGAAGUGAGAGCACGGUGGUACUGUAAGGCAAAUCAUUCAAGUGUCGAAUAACCUGUCAAGUCAGCUAAACGUCACGAUCAGCUCGACUCUGAGAGGAGGAAGUUUUCGUUGAAUCGCGACAGUUUGGUGACAAGCAGAAUGUCGAAGCCCCAACAGGUUUUGCAGAUCGAGCCGAAGAGCGAGCUGAAGUUUACAGGACCCUUUAUAGGAAUUCCAGUCACAGCCUACAUGAAGUUGACCAAUCCAACAGACAACAAAGUAUAUUUUAAAAUAAAGACAACUGCUCCAAAGAGGUAUUGCGUACGGCCCAACUCUGGGUCUCUAAAACCCAAGCAGACAAUUAAUGUAGCUGUAACCCUACAAUCGCACGACUUUGAUCCGGCGGAGAAGAAGAAACACAAGUUUAUGGUCCAGACUUUGCUAGCUCCAGAGGACGAUACUGACCAAUACUUCCUGAAUGACAACGUGUGGAAGGGGGUAAACCCGGAGCAAUUGAUGGAUUCGAAACUGAAAUGCGUAUUUGAAACUCCAACGAGCAGUGAGCCGGCGGAUAAACAAGCCGCAAGUACGACUGGGGCUAAGUUGGGCACGAGUGCCACUAAUGGCAAAGACGACAAGUGCGUUGGUGAUUGGGCCGGGGCUUCCACAAAGCUCGUCAAGGUCGAAGAUGAGCUAGCAAGAGCGGCGCAGGAGGUCACUCUGCUUAGGGCAGACGAGAGCUGUCUGAGGCAGGAGAACCUUCAGCUCAGGGAAGAGCUACUGAAAUUGCGGAAUACAGUAAUGGGCACAGCGUCGGUCACGAGUGGGAAUAUGGCGGCAAUCCCUGGUACGACCUCGCACACUGACAGCCUGCUGAACGUGACUACUACGAGUGUACUUAUCGCCAUUGCCAUGGUGGUAGUUGGUUAUCUGCUGGGCAAAUUGAUCUGAGCUGCCUAUGCCUUAUCAUACACCUCAGCGCACCUCCCUAUCCAAUUUUUCUUAGUCUACCCCUCCUGCCGGAUAGCGCCAUUACUAAUAAGAAGCGCAGAAAACUACUUGAAUCGUCCCCUUUACUCGAUUAUUCAUAAUAAAUAUUAUCAACUUCUACGGUAGUGGUCUUGCAUUGAUUAAGUCGUGUUCGCUGGGGCAGUGUGUUUUUAAGUGUGGGAGAUCGAGUUUAAAUUCUUUUUUAAGAAUCCUUUCCCGAAUUGUAAUCCUGGUCGUCGCGUUUUACUUGGCCUAAGGCAAUCUCGUUUUUAUCAUUGACAGUGAACUCGCUGCGAGAAUCGUGGCCGCCGCAUUGCAAUAAAGCCCGAACUAACGGAACACAAAGAAUUGAGAAGGACGCAGACUUACUUCAAAAAAAAAAAAGAGAAAAGAAUAUAACCAAGCGAACGGAAAAAUGACGAACGAUAAUUCGCCACUUCUCGACUUUAUACGUUAAUAAUGGCUGACAAAAUUUCUUCUUACCCUCACUCUUCUACGCGUUCCUAUUUUUUCUUAUUAACGGAUUUCUCGCCCUUGCCAAUGUAUCUGCUGCCUCUGUGUCUUUGAAACCAUGUCGCCACUAAAUAAGUAAAUUAUCGAAUAUCAAUAAAAAAAUGAUCUUUCAUUUGAAACUAUGUCGAUCGCACGACGAUCGACGGCGUUCACUAUCGAGCAUUGGUCUUUUCAUAUGUCGACUUUGAUUUCGUCACCGCACCUAAAAAAAAAAAGCUCAUCAUUUUUAACAUCUGUCCGGCAGUUUUGGCUGUUUGUAGCAAUUGUUCGCUAAGUGUUUAUAUGUUUUUCUUUACUUCUAAUUGUAACAAUGUAUUAUAAUCCUCGUAACACUUGUCGAUAUUACCGCCACAGCAGUAUCUCAUCCAAAUGUUACAUAUAGAUAAAAGAUUAAUGCUCGAUGGCGUGCGUGUUUGCAUAUAGAAAACGUCAAGUUUUUAAGUAAUAAGAACCUACAGUGAUAAUUCAAGGAGUUCAAAGGGAGUUGGGUGGGAUAGUGACAGGGUGGAAAGGUGGGUGGUAGGAUGAUGAUAGCUGAAACCAGUAGUGGUGCGUAACCUGGUGAUCGGUACGCUGGAUAUAAUCCUCUGGCGAUGACGCACUAUCCAGAAGUUGACGCAUUGAAUUUACCAACGCUUCAGUGUACUUUUUAUUUAUUUAUGUUUGUCUUACAAAAAUUAAAUCGAAAUAAAGAUAUCUCGAAUAUCGUAAAA